GUCCCCACCUUAUACAGAGCACUCGUCCCUAUCACUUCCAGAGCUUCUAUUUAUCCCUCUCAGACCAUAUCUACACACGCCCUGCUCAAGCUCCCUGAUAUUCUUUUUUUUUUUCUUAUAUAAUUUACUAAUUUCUUGCCCACAGCCGUCACAAGUAACAGGACGGUUUUUUUUUUUUUUUUUUUGCUGCUGACUUAUAAACAUGCCAGGUUGAACAAGCAAACUUAAAAGUGAGCUGGGAGAACGUCCAAAAGCUGACACACAGACAGACAACACCGAGGGUACAGCAUGGAGCGACUGUUUGAUUACGUGGGACACUUUGGGAGGUUUCAAGCUUGCAUAUACUUUGCAUCUGCUUUCCAAGCUAUCUCUUGUGGUAUCCAUUAUUUGGCAUCUGUGUUUAUUGCAAUUACCCCAAAGUACAUUUGCAACCCUCCAGGAAACAUCAGCAAUGUACUCCUCUUAAAUGCAUCCACCACAAAUAUAAACAAUAUCUGGGGACUGUGGUCGUCAUCCAAAGCUUAUCUUGUUGUGCAGCAGGAGAAUGGAGAAAUCUGGGAACUUAAUCAAUGUAAUCGUUUCAAGCGGGAAGACACAUAUAAUGUCACAUAUGAGUAUGAGGGGAAUAAGACUUUGUUUUCAUGUUCUGAUGGGUUCCUCUAUGAUCACACCAAUCUGGAAAGCAGUAUAGUUACAGAGUGGGACUUAGUCUGUGAUAGAGAAUGGCUUGCAAAACUAUCUCAGCCAACCUUUAUGUUCGGAGUCCUUAUUGGUGCUGUGAUUUUUGGUGAUAUUGCGGACAGACUUGGAAGACGACCAAUAAUGUGGUUCACAAGUACUGGCCAGUUUUUAUUUGGCGUUGCAGUGGCAUUCACCUUCAACUACUACAGCUUUGUGAUCGUACGAUUCCUCCUGGCUAUGGUGUCCAGCGGUUACCUAGUGGUUGUAUUUGUUUAUGUGACAGAAUUUGUUGGAAUCAAAGCUCGCACGUGGGCCUCUAUGCACAUCCAUGCUUUCUUCGCAGUUGGAGUUACAGUUGUUGCUCUAGUUGGUUAUCUGGUGCGCACAUGGUGGAUUUACCAGAUUAUUCUCUCUUUAGCAACCCUUCCAUUCAUCUUGUGUUGCUGGAUGCUCCCGGAAACGCCUUUCUGGCUUCACUCACAGGGAAAAUAUUCAGAGGUGGAAAAAGUCAUCGCUACAAUGGAAAAGUGGAACAAAGUGAAAACUCCAUGUAAACUUUCAGAAAUAUGUCCAGUUAAAAAAAAUAAUGUAGAUGAACAAAAUGAUGUACCUACCACAAAAAAACACAAUAUCUUGGACCUCUUUUAUACCUGCAGUUUUGCAAGAAGGACCAUUUCCGUUUGGCUAAUCUGGUUUACUGGUAGUUUAGGAUAUUAUGUCUUUGCUUUAAACUCUGUCAACUUGGGAGGGAAUGAAUAUUUAAACCUUUUUCUUGCAGGUGCUGUGGAGAUACCAUCCUACAUUGUUGCCUGUAUCGGCAUGGAUAAACUUGGAAGAAGAAAUACACUGGCUCCAUUCCUUAUACUCAGUGCAAUCAUCUGUGGCACGAUCAUGCUAAUUCCACAGGACUACAGCACAGUGACCAUUGUAAUAAGCAUGGCCGGAAAGUUUACAAUAAGUGUUGCCUUUGGGGUAAUUUACCUAUAUACAGCUGAACUGUACCCAACCAUUGUAAGGUCUCUUGCAGUUGGUAGUGGAAGCAUGAUAUGUCGUAUGGGUAGUGUGGUUGCCCCCUUUUGUGUCUACCUCACAGAUGUUUGGAUAUUCAUGCCUCAGCUUUUGGUUGGAAUUAUGGCCUUUCUGACUGGAAUACUCACCCUUAUGCUUCCUGAAACAUUAGGAAUGCCAUUGACCAACACCAUAGAAGAAGCUGCGAAAAUGGGAACAAAAAAAGGGACAGCUGCAAGAAAAUUGUCUGCAGAACUCAAUGGCACUUUUAUAGACAAAUUAGAACCCAUGACUAUAGAUAGCUAGGAAACAUAAUGAACCUUCAAAUUAAUAUAUAUUAAUAAAGAACUUCAUUCUAAUGACUUUUUAGGAUUUGUGAUGAUUGUUAUGAACCAAAAAGUAAUGAUAGAAAGUUAUGAUACUUCAUGUUUUUUUAUCAAUUCAGGGGUCUGUUGCUUUACAAAAUAGUAGGAAUAUUUUUUAUAAAGGAAAGUGUUGAUAGGAUAAAUUAACAAUCUUUCCCUGUGAUAUAUUUCUAUAUAAAUCAUCUAUAAUUACAAAAGUGUAAAAGUUAUACUUGAAUAUGGAGUAAUACAGACUUAUCAUUGUGACUUCCAGUUUUGCCAUUUUCAGGCUGCUUACAUAAAUUAUGUUGGGCGUUUCAUUAAUAACUUCAGGCAGGCAAAGAUUUUAAAAUAAAAAUGGUUAGUGAGAGUGGAACAGUGUUCUUUCAGUCUCAUGAAGCAUACAAAUUAUAUUGAUAAUUAUACCACAGUGCCCAAAAUAAAGGAUCAAGCUUCUCUGCAGAUAUAAAA